AUGUCACCGACUAUACCGGGACUCCCGUCCGGCUUCCCCAGCAGUGUCUCCUUCAAAUCCAGUGCUUCCAAUGCUUCCAUGCACACGGCUUCGCCCACUCAAGGACUACCUAUGCAAUUCGCCAGCCGUCGGGAGCUGACGAGUCCAACAGGCUUUCCACAGAGUCCCUGUGAAAGCGAAGCAGACUUCGAUUCCGAUUGCGAGCGCGAAACCGGGGCGACGGAUGCGUGCAGCUUCUCCCCCGUCCUGGGACAUCCUACUACGCAGCAUUCACCAUCCGCUACCGAAGCGUCCGCAGACAGCGGAGGAGAGGCUGAAGGGCCUUGGAAUCGGCAGCGUGCGAUUACCCACGAUCACUGUCACAGAAUGGGCUGAG